AUGUGGCUGUUCGGGAAAAAAGCGCCAACUGCAGCCACAAAGGCCAACAAAGAGCUCUGCUAUGGUGCCUCGAGUCCGGCACUCUCGGAUCGCAGUCGCUUUCCAACACUAUUUCGCACACAUCCCUCCGCAACGGUACACAAUCCGACACGUAUAAAGUUAAUGAAAAAAUUCGGUUGGUCACGUGUGGCCAUACUGCAGCAGGCCGAGGAGGUCUUCAUAUCGACYGUUGAAGAUCUCGAAAAUCGUUGCAUGGAAGCGGGCGUCGAAAUCGUCACAAGACAAUCAUUUCUAUCCGAUCCAACAGAUGCGGUACGCAACCUACGUCGGCAAGAUGCUCGYAUCAUAGUCGGUCUAUUCUAUGUCGUGGCCGCGCGGCGCGUKCUCUGCGAAAUGUACAAACAACAACUGUAUGGACGAGCGCAUGUGUGGUUUUUUAUUGGCUGGUACGAGGACAAUUGGUACGAGGUGAACUUGGAAAAUGAGGGUAUCACUUGCACGAUAGAACAGAUGCGCAUUGCGGCCGAAGGACAUCUGACAACGGAAGCGCUUAUGUGGAAUCAGAACAAUCAAACGACAAUUUCCGGCAUGACAUCUGAGGAAUUUCGACAACGACUGAAUCAUGCGCUUAUCGAAGAAGGUUACGACAUCAAUCAUGAUCGCUAUCCGGAGGGCUAUCAAGAGGCGCCGCUGGCCUACGAUGCUGUSUGGAGUGUGGCGUUGGCAUUCAAUAAGACAAUGGAACGCCUCAAGCAACGUCAGAAAUCCUUACGAGAUUUUACAUACACAGACAAGGAAAUUGCCGAUGAAAUUUAUGCGGCGAUGAAUUCUACACAGUUCCUUGGCAUAUCGGGCGUUGUUGCAUUCAGCUCGCAAGGUGAUCGUAUUGCCUUAACCCAGAUCGAACAAAUGGUGAAUGGAAAAUAUGAAAAACUGGGUUAUUACGAUACGCAAUUGGAUAACUUAACGUGGUUAAAUAUGGAGCAGUGGAGUGGUGGAAAAGURCCUCAGGAUCGCACAAUUGUACGUCGCGUCUUACGCACAGUAUCGCUGCCAUUAUUUGUCUGUAUGUGUACAAUUUCAAGUUGUGGUAUAUUAGUAGCCUUAGCACUUAUUGUAUUCAACAUAUGGAAUAAGCAUAGAAGAGUCAUACAAUCAUCACAUCCUGUAUGUAAUACCAUAAUGCUCUUUGGAGUCAUCAUAUGCCUGGCAUCAGUCAUACUCUUGGGUAUGGAUGGGCGAUUUGUCAGUCCACAAGAGUAUCCAAAAAUAUGUCAAGCGCGCGCUUGGCUUCUAACCACCGGUUUUACAUUAGCCUAUGGUGCUAUGUUCAGCAAAGUCUGGCGUGUGCAUCGUUUUACAACAAAAGCAAAAACAGAUCCAAAAAAAAAAGUCGAACCAUGGAAGCUUUACACCAUGGUCUCCGGCCUGUUGUCUGUAGAUUUAGUUAUACUAUUCGCCUGGCAGAUUUUUGAUCCGUUACAGCGUAUACUUGAAACAUUCCCACUCGAAGACCCUGUAUUAACAUCCGAUGAUAUAAAAAUUCGUCCAGAACUGGAGCAUUGUGAAAGUCAUCACAAUUCAAUGUGGUUAGGCCUCGUUUACGGCUUCAAGGGGCUGAUACUCGUGUUUGGCCUCUUUCUGGCCUACGAAACGCGUUCCAUWAAGGUGAAGCAAAUCAAUGAUUCCCGCUAUGUAGGCAUGAGCAUUUACAACGUGGUUGUGCUGUGCUUAAUCACAGCRCCUGUGGGCAUGGUCAUCGCAUCGCAACAGGAUGCCUCAUUUGCAUUUGUUGCAUUGGCUGUGAUAUUUUGUUGUUUCCUAAGUAUGUUGCUGAUAUUUGUGCCAAAGGUCAUUGAAGUGAUACGCCAUCCAAAGGACAAAGCUGAAUCAAAGUACAAUCCCGACUCUGGUAUAUCGAAAGAGGAUGAGGAGCGUUAUCAGAAAUUGGUUACUGAAAACGAGGAACUGCAACGACUGAUAUCACAGAAAGAGGAGAAGAUCCGCAUACUCAAGCAACGGCUAGUCGAUUUUGARGCCACACACAAGGGCGGCGAGCUGAACGGCAGCAACGGCACAAAYGGCAUUUCCAUGGGCGGCAUUGCCACACAUCAUCAGCCUGUGGCGAGCGUCAAUUCCUUAAGCGGUGGCAUGAGUGCAACGCUAAUGGGUGGUGGCGGCGGCGGCAAUGCCGGUUCCGGCUCGGGUUCCACCAACAAUUCACUCAAUCUACAAGCAACGACGUCCUCCUCACAGCACAACACACCUGCCGCCACAUUAGCGAUAACACAAGAUACCCAUGAUCAUCAUACAUGA